UACCUUCUCAAAAAGCAUUGUGAAGGGAGCCAAACGUGCUGGGAAGAUGACAAUUGGGCGCCAGUACUUACUGAAGAAGAGAACAGGCACCAUAGUGGAGGAACGAGGGACUCGCCCGGGCUGGAAUGAAGAUGAUGAUAUCUCUGUUUCAGAUGACAGUGAGCUGCACACGAGUGGGACCCUGAAAGCAUCAGAAAAAUCGACCAUGGAGCAGUUAGUGGAAAGAGCCUGUUUCAGAGACUACCAGCGGCUGGGCCUGGGCACCAUCAGUGCCAACUCUUCCCGCUCAAAGGCAGAGUACUUAAGGAUAACUGCCCUGAACAGGAUGUAUUCGCUCUGCAGGAGCUACCCUGGGCUGCUGGUGGUGCCGCAGGCGGUGCAGGACAGCAGCCUGCAGAGAGUGGCACGCUGCUACCGCCACAACCGCCUGCCCGUCGUCUGCUGGAAGAGCACCAGGAGCAGCACCCUCCUGCUCAGGGCUGGAGGCUUCCAUGGGAAGAGUGUUGUAGGCCUCUUCAAAUCCCCCAACACGCAUCCUGCCGCUCCCACGUCUUUAGAAUCUUCAAGCAGUAUAGAACAGGAGAAAUACCUGCAAGCCUUACUGAACGUGAUAUCCGUCCACUGCAAAAUGAAUGGCAGCAACACUCUCACAGUUAGCCCAACAAUUGCUCUGUCCCCAGGCACUGAGACGAGGGCUUCACGGAUGUCUACUGUGUUUAAGCAGGUAGUGCCAGGACAUUUGGAUGUAAAUCUAUCCAAUAGCUUUUCUCGAGGAGGUGUGUGGGCAAGUCUUCGUUCAAGCAACCGAUUUAUCAGCACUCAGACCCCAUUCAUCGACGUUGGAGCACGACUUGCUGGGAAAGAUAACACCCCUUCCUACAGCAGCAGCACUUUUCUGCAAAGUCAGCUUUUGAGGAGACAAGCUGCCCUCUAUAUAUUUGGAGAAAAAUCUCAGUUACGGGGGUUCAAACUCGAUUUUGCUCUGAAUUGUGAGUUUGUUCCUGUUGAGUUCAGUGACACCCGACAGACAAAGGCAAGCUUUAAAAAGCUGAUGAGAGCUUGUGUUCCCAGCACUAUUCCUACCGACUCCGAGGCGUCGUUCCUGAAAGCGCUUGGGGACUCGGAGUGGUUCCCACAGCUUCACAGGAUAAUGCAGCUGGGGGUGAUCAUCUCAGAACUCCUGGAAAAUGGCUCUUCUGUUCUGGUGUGCCUGGAAGAUGGCUGGGAUAUUACUGCACAGGUAGUAUCUCUGGUGCAGUUACUCAGUGAUCCCUUCUACAGGACACUGGAAGGCUUCCGAAUGCUGGUGGAAAAAGAGUGGCUCUCUUUUGGCCAUAAAUUCAGUCAGCGCAGUAACCUGACCCUCAAUUGUCAGGGCAGUGGAUUUGCUCCCGUUUUCUUACAGUUCUUGGACUGUGUGCAUCAGAUUCAUAACCAAUUCCCGACAGAAUUUGAGUUCAAUCAAUAUUAUCUGAAGUUUCUGGCUUUUCAUCACAUAUCAAACCGAUUUAAAACAUUUCUCCUGGAUUCAGACUAUGAGAGACUAGAACAUGGGACGUUGUUUGAAGAUAAAGGAGAUAAACAUGCCAAAAAAGGAAUUUGUAUUUGGGAAUGUAUAGAAAAGAUGCACAAAAGGAGCCCCAUUUUCUUCAAUUACCUCUAUGCACCUGCUGAAAUAGAGGCACUGAAGCCAAAUGUAAAUCUGUCCAGCCUCAAGAAGUGGGAUUACUACGUGGAAGAGAUUUUGGCCACAGGUCCUUCCUAUGACUGGAGCAUGGUGCCUGCAAGGUGCAGCGUGGCGGAGGAGAGCGACCAGGCCGACGGGUCCCUCCCUCAGACUAAGAGGAAAAUAGUAUGGCCAUGCUACGAUGAUGUUAAAAAAAUCCAGCCUGAUGCCAUCACCAGCCUUCUGAAUGAAAUUGAAAGGUUGGAAAGUAAACUAAAUCAGAGCCCAGAAAGGUGGCAGCUUUUGUGGGAAAGGGUCAAAAUGAAUCUAAAGGAUGACACUAGACAAGACAAU